GGGCAGCUGAAAUGUGAGGGGUCACAAUGGAAGGAUAAAUACAAGGGCCAGCGGGCUGGAGAGCUGUCUCAGACGAAAGCCGGAUCUUCUCCCUCCCUCUUUCUUCUCUCUCAGCUCUCCUCCCAACCUCAAAGAGUCAGGAUGCCUCACGCAUACCCUUUCCUCACUCCUGAGCAGAAGAAGGAGCUCAGCGAUAUUGCUCAGAAGAUUGUCGCUACAGGCAAGGGAAUCCUUGCCGCAGACGAGUCCACAGGCAGCGUGGCCAAGCGCUUCCAGAGCAUCAAUGCUGAGAACACUGAGGAGAACAGGAGGCUGUACCGCCAGCUCCUCUUCACCGCUGAUGACCGCAUCAACCCUUGCAUUGGUGGCGUCAUCCUCUUCCAUGAGACCAUGUACCAGAAGACCGACGAUGGCAAGCCCUUCACCCAGUACCUUAAAGAAAGAAACAUGGUGGUGGGCAUCAAGGUCGACAAAGGUGUUGUUCCCUUGGCCGGAACCAACGGCGAGACAACCACCCAGGGUCUCGAUGGACUGUAUGAGCGCUGCGCCCAGUACAAGAAAGAUGGCGCUGACUUUGCCAAGUGGCGCUGUGUGCUGAAGAUCACCCCCACCACUCCCUCAAGACUGGCCAUCGUUGAAAACGCCAAUGUCCUGGCCCGCUAUGCCAGCAUCUGCCAGAUGCACGGCAUCGUCCCCAUUGUCGAGCCUGAGAUUCUCCCUGAUGGUGACCACGACCUGAAGCGCUGCCAGUACGUCACUGAGAAGGUCCUGGCUGCCGUCUACAAGGCCCUGUCCGACCACCACGUCUACCUGGAGGGCACCCUGCUCAAGCCCAACAUGGUUACCCCCGGACACUCCAGCUCACACAAGUACAACAACCAGGAGAUUGCCAUGGCAACUGUUACUGCCCUGCGCCGCACUGUGCCCCCCGCAGUCCCUGGCAUCACCUUCUUGUCUGGUGGCCAAAGUGAGGAGGAGGCCUCCGUCAACCUGAACGCCAUGAACCAGUGCCCUUUGCACAGGCCCUGGGCCCUGACCUUCUCAUACGGCCGUGCCCUGCAGGCCUCUGCCCUCAAAGCCUGGGGCGGCAAGAAGGAGAAUGGAAAAGCAUGCCAGGAGGAGUUCAUCAAGAGAGCUCUGGCUAACCACCAGGCCUGCCAGGGCAAAUAUUCUCCCUCUGGCGCCAGCACUGCCGGCGGAGAGUCAUUGUUUGUGGCCAACCACGCUUAUUAAGCAUGGACAGUCAUCAUUUUCCUUUCCACCUUCUUCCCACCAGUAUUAUGUUAUCAUGGAAAAGGCCAUGUCCUCGUGGGCUCUGCCUAUGAAACUGCUUUUGAACAACGGCAGCAUAUUGGUCAAAAGCGAAAGAGAAAACUUUUGUUUGGGUUGUUGCUGCAGCCAGGAGAUUCUGAAAAAAAAUGUUCUGCUUCCAUUCCCUCACCUUUUAUUUUUAAAAACAUUUUGAAGUGAAGAUUCCCACACUGUUUUUACAAAAGUAUUUUUUUUCCUAGUCUAAAGUGCAGUAUAUAAUUUAUACUGGUACCAUGGAUUAAAAUAUUUCCCCUAACA